GUUCAUCGCGCUCGUCAGCUCCAUCCGCUUCAUCUUGCUCCCUCGCGAGAUCUCUUGAAUUUCGCGCUUUCGAAGACGAGAAGAAAACCGGAAGAAACGGAGAACAAAAAGGGAGCGAAGAAAGGUACACGCAGAGACAGUUUCGGCGGUCAUAUUCGCACGCGAACGGAAGUGUUGAACGGGAACGACAAUUGUGCGAUUGCGCGGUGACACGAGUACACGGAUAUCGCGAAUACGCGUUAGGGUUAUAGUCCCCGAUAUAUAAACCGCGAGUUCCGCUUCGCGUCGCGCUUUUGGUGGUGAAGAGUUUUUGUAUUCUCGUUUUUUUCUUGAUUGUGUGCCAUGACACCCUGGAUAUGAUACCGGAUGGAUUAAGCUGCCGUCGCGGGAUUCGUUAGGAGCUGAGGAUGCGAGAUUGUGCGAGGAGCAGAAGGGCGCGGACUGCUGGUGCUACGAAGACACUGAGGUCUGCGACCGUCGCGGGAAAUGACCAUGACGAGCGUGGCUGUCGCCCCGGGUAGCCUCGGCGCACCACCGUCUAUGCUCACUCCCCAGAUGUAUCAUCUGCAACAGGGCCUGAGCCCGACGUCGGGCUCGCCCGCUUCCGGCAAGAGCUACGACACCUUGAGCAAGGGCAAGAAGUCGUGGAGCGUACGAUUGGGCCUGUCGCGGCAGCACCACCAGAAUCCCGGGGAUGAUCCCGGCAAGGGCGGUUGGGGCACCAUAAGCGGCGGCAGCGUGUACUCCCGCCAGAUGAUUUACGGCGGCGAUCCGUGGCUUUACGGCACGGUGAGAUCGUCGCGGACCGAACAACCGCGGCCGUUCUUGACACCGCCGCCGCCAUCGGGCGCGGCACCGCUGCUCGUGGUAUGUUCUUGCCCCGAGUUUCUCUCCGGCACCGUCAGGAAACUCGGCACCUGCCGCAAGUGCGGCGGCCACCGAGUCGCCGGGCUGCCCCUCGGCGGGACCUGCCGGCUACCGACAUCCUCGAGGUCCAGGCCCAGCCUCGCCGGCGUAUUGAGGACUCCGAUCGACGAUCCGUACGAUCAGAUGCGACGAAACCGGCUGGUGGAACCGAGAUUGCGGGCACGCAGCAUCUCGCCGCAUCGAUCGUCCUCGCAGCGAGAUUCCAGGAGCCAGAGCAUGAUUUCGCGGGCGGUCGCGAAGGAGCGGAAGGGCUCGGUCGAGGGUACAUCGUCGUCGUUGUCUUCGUCGUCGAGAUCCGAAUGGUUUGAUAAGGAGCCGAGCGCAGUUGCGAGCUACGACGAUCGCAAAUCGCGACCCGGUUUCUCCAGCGGUGGCGGCGGCCGGUCUUCGGAUGAUUGGAUGCUGCAAGAGACUUCGGAAAGUCACUCGCGGAUUCAUUCCGUCGCGACAACGUCCGCGAGACUGACCCGCGUUUUAAAAAAGCCGCCGAGAGAGACGAAGCAGAGGAGAAGUGGCCAGGACGAUUGGAAGGAAGGAGGAACGAUGCCGAAUGCUGCGGACUUGCGGAAGAGCAUCCUCGAGUGCGAUGUGAAUCCGUAUCUAUUACUGAAGAAGCAGAGAGACGAGGACGAUCUAAGCGACGAUUUAUCGGACAACGCGUUGGAGCAAGACGAUCUCAGGACAAUGUCCAGCCUGUUCGAUUCGUCGAAAGUGAAAUCGAUCGAGAGGAUACCGAACAGGAGCGCCGUGGCGGCGAUCGGUGGUCAGCGAAUCAGAGUGUUCAAUGAGGCGUUCAGCAAAAUUUCGGACGAUGAUGACGACGACGACGACGCGCCACCGCCGGUCACCAGAAUCCCGAUACCAAAAGUAUCACCGAAGAGACCGCCGAGGAGACUAAAGGAAGCUCGGCAGACGUUGAAGAGCAUCCUAAAGCGCGGCCGCGUGAUCGAAAGUAAGAGGAAGAAUGUGCUCUUCAACGUUGACAACAUGAUAUUCGCACCCGAGAAACCAUCCGAAGCGACGCGACUGUCGUGGAGCAAGAUCGGCAGGAUCGCCAAUUGCAACAAGGAACAGCGAAUCAGCAAUCCCGGGUUUGAGCGGGAGGAAGCGCCGAUCGUGUCGCAGGAACAGCAGGAGAAGCACAAAUUCAUCACGAUCCCGAAUAUCAGGGACCCGAAGGUGGACAGGAUCAGGUUCAAGGAGCCGAGAAUCGUGCCGGAAGUGAAGAAGACUACCCCUCCCGGUCUCGAUAGGAUCAAGAUAGACAAAUUUGUCCCGUCCAGGAAGCCCAAUCGUCCCGUCGCGUCCAAAAAGGACGAAAUCAGCAACGUACAGCGAUCUUCGCUCAAUGCUUCGUUACCGUCGUCGAAGAUCGUUACUAGAGAGGAGGAGGGGACAUUAUCUGGAGAGAGGAGAUUGUUGGACGAGAGUACCGCCCGGCUCGAAGACGAGACUGAGCUGGAGAUCGAGAUCGAGGAGCUAAAGGACCGUCUGCCGUGCAUUGCUGUGGACGAGAAGGAUCUCAUCUUAAAAUCCGAAGAGAACUCGAGAAAAUCCCUCUUGACGCGAAGCCAAAGCGACCGGUCUUUCAGUAAACCGGACGUCUCGGCGGGUGACGUACUGUUCUCGGACACGAUGCGGUUCAGUCUGAGCAAGAAGAUCAAGUCGCCAUCGUUGUCCAUCGGUAUAUGCGCAGUUUCACGCGAGGACGCAGACGAGGAAAGCCCGCCGGAAAGAAGAGGCAAGACAGAAGAGAUCGAGGCAGAAACAGGCGAGCUUAAGAAGUCCGAUUGCGAGAUCGAAGCGAAUAAGAAUGUUAAGGUAGAGCUCGAGAAGAAGAGAGUUGACAAUGUCGAGAAGGAGGCCGAGCCGCCCCUGGACGCACGUAGCGAUAUUUCCGAUGCGAGCAACGAGCAUUUCCGUACGAUGAGACCCACCAGCUGGUCCCCGCCACCCGGUAGGCAGAGGCAUUGCUUCAAGAUCGGCGAGUCCAGCGCGGAUGAGAAUCCCGUCAACUCGAUUAGAGAUCAUCGGAGAACAAUUUCGUCGGCGUCGACAGCGUCGUGGAACUCGGCGAGCUCGUACGGAUCCUCAAAGAUCGAGAUCAACUCGCCCGAGAACAACGUUUGCAAAAUCACGGUGAGUCCGCGCUCGUCGCCGCUGGUUCAUCGGCUGCAGAUUGGCCCGAAUUCUAGCUCGAAAGGCUCCAGAAGAACGUCCAUCCUGAUCAACGGCGAUCAGAAUACAAGCGCGGAACCGGUGCGGGAUAACAAAGUGACCAUCAGUGUCGGUGGAGAAGACAGCGUGUGCAAUCCGACGGUGAUCUCCGUAAAUUCGGAGAAUCCGCCGAAGAUCCAGAGUUCCGCGGAGAAUCGCACUCUGGUGAUACUCGAUAAUUACAGGUCGAAUAUUGUGGUGGAGUCGGCAAAUGAUGACUCGCGUUCCAAACAGAUCGGAAAGGAUAAUCACGUCGUCGAGAAUGGCAAGAUGAGCUCGAAGAUGAAUGACGAAGAAACACCUGCGUCGCCCAGCGAGGAAACCUUCUCGCCAUGUCGACACGCGGAACAGUCGACGCCGAAUUUCGAGAAGAGAUUGAGCGUUGAGAUGAAGUCCUCGGACACUGAUCAGUCUUCGAGAUUUUACACAUCCGAUGAGAAAGUGACACGAUCGGAGUCUAAAUCGCGAUUCAAAGACGUCGAAGAUUCGUCCGACUUGUCGAAAGAAGCUCUGAUUUCCAAGUUGCUCGAAGACUCCCUACGAAAAGCUCGCGAGAACGGCGAGAUCCUCGACGAGGAUAGCGGCCAGGCCAUCUUGAAGAUUCUGAAGCAAAGCUUGCUGAAAAGCAAGGAGUACGAGAGCUCCGAGUCCACUCUCGAAGCAAAUUACUCGCGAUCGUCUAGCCUGAACUCGGACGGCGAUUUUAUUUCGACGAAUCUCUUUCUCGAGGAGAAUCCCUACGAAGUGAUCAAGGAACCAAUCUACGAGGAGAUACCUGACGAGCCGCCGCCGUUGCCGCUGAGCCCGCCACCCACGGAGGAUUACAUCAAGGACAGAAUUUACUUCGGCGACGUCGAAUACUACAAAAAAAUGACGCCGGGUCAGUUUCUUGGCCCAUAUUUAUCUGAGGAAGUUUUCAAGAAAUCCAAUUCGGAGGACCUAGCCCAGGCCUACUUGUCCAAGAGUCCCGAAGACUUCUUCAAGAAGAUGUCGACGUCGCCCGAGGAUGAGAACAACAUUUCCACAAAGUUCGAGCUCUUGAAUUUUCUGAUGGACUCUAAAGAUCGCACACGCCCUGCGGAAGAGGACGAGGAUGAGGACGAGGAUGAAGAAGAUGAUGCCGAGAGAGACCUGGAGGCUCUGUACGAGCAGAAAGAGACAAGCCUGGGCGAUCUCAGCUCUAAAAGCUCGCAGAUUUCCAAUGUGUCCGAUAGCAGCGAGGAAUGUAACAUCAUCCUGACGAGCUCGCCGGAGACGUUAAAGUCGAGAACGGUCGACAUAGAGAGAACCGAUAGCGGGGUCGGGUCCGAGAGCAGCCAAGCCAGCAGCACUCGCGGUGUUGCGAGACGCUGGAGGACGGGCAACAAUGUCUCUUCCGGUCCUAGAAGUCUCUUGGGUGGAAUACCGCAAGUGAUCUCGGGUACUGCGAAGCUGUGCGAGGAUUGCGAGCAGCGAUUGGAUCCUCUGAUAACGGACAGCGGUGUGGUUUACGCGCCCUUUGUGUGCCGGAAGUGCUCGAAGAAGCGCGCGGAGCGGAAAGAGAUUAUCACGGAAAUCGUGGAGACCGAACAAAAGUAUGGCCGAGAUCUGCAGAUCAUACUCGAGGAGUUCCAUCGACCAAUGUUAAGAGCGGGUCUCCUCACGUCGGAGCAACUGACGGCGAUCUUUCUGAACGUCGAGGAGCUGCUCGAGCACAAUGUCGUCUUGGCCGAGAAAUUAAAGGACAGCGUGGAACUCGCUCAGGAAUCCGGAGACGAGGAUCUUCUGACGGUGGACCUGGGCAAGAUCUUCCUCGAGUCGGAAAGGAUGCUUCACGCUUUCGAGAGCUAUUGCACGCGCCAAGGCAGCGCUAGUUUAUUGUUGCAAAACUUGGAAAAGGAAAAGGAGCUUUUACGCAUUUUCCUCAGGGUUUCUCAAAUGGAAAACACGGUUUUGCGAAGAAUGAAUCUGAAUUCUUUUUUAAUGGUUCCCGUCCAAAGAGUUACGAAAUAUCCGCUUCUGCUGGCACGUUUGCUCAAAGCAACGCCUUCUGUUCGGCCCGACAUUCAAGAACCGAAAAAGAGACUUAAACAAGCUCAAACAAACAUCGAGUUACAUUUGGAACACAUGAAUGCUGAGGCGAAAGAUGUUACGUCGACGAAAUUAUGGAGGAGAAUAUCAAUUAUCCAGAAUGGCAGACGGUCCAUCGGCGAACAGGAUAUGGUGAAUAUCAAGUUGAGAAAGAUGGCCGUCGAGAUUUUGGAAUGGGCUCACGAGGAAGCUAGAUUUGUUCUCGAAGGGCGUCUUCUGGUAGCACAGCCGACUGACAAUAAUUGGAGACGCGGUCGAACUGUCAAACUCGCACCUGUCACUGCCAUGCUUGUCACAAACGGCAAGUCGAACGCCGAGCAUCCCGAAUUUAACGAUGACUCGCUCUUUCCGAAGCAAAUAGGCAUCAAGGAAGCUACUCUACUUCUGGUCAAAGAAAAACUUGGGCGAUAUUCUUUACUACGUGAGCCGCUAUACCUCGAUAAAUGUAUAGUGUGCUGUGAAACGGAUCUCGAAGAUUAUUUCGAAAUACAGGAAUUGUCUUCCAAGGAGACAUUUAUAUUUAAAGCAGAAGACGGCGCGAGAACGAAGAGAUGGUGCAGAACGUUACAGGCUCACGCACAGUCACUCGGUGCUUGGCGUAAACGUCGAGGAGCUCUUCCCAACAUCAUGAUCUGCGGUGUAGCAAGAAAUUAACGAAGGCUUAGAUGUAAUAAACGUGAACGUCACGCGACGUUAUCGCAUUUGUCGUCCUUGAACGCGCUUAUAUUGAAGAUGGAGUAUUUCCAAUGGCGCGAAACUUAAGCGAUUACACGAAUUCGUGUACAUGAUCUCCAGAUGAAUAAGUAAUAAUUCUUGGAGAGAAAGAGAGAGGGAACGCGCGCUGGACCAAAGGAUUUCCUCGGCUCAUCGAUACGCGACUAUCGAUGAGCAACACGUAAGUCUAGUUAUUAUCGAAUUCAGGUAUAAUCAUGCAUUCGAUUGUUACAGUACGUUGAAGAAACUUGAGUUUCCUAUGUCACUGUAAUUAGAAUGUUACGUGGCGCCGAAUCGCGCACAAUUCUAUCGAUUCCUAAUGAAUAAUUCUAAGUAUCCAUAUAUACAUAUCUCUGCGUAAGCAUAAAAUUAUUUAAUAUCUAUAAUUAUCUAUAUAUCCUUCAGAAAAGAACGAGUAGCUGUGAUAUCGACCGGUGUAUUGGGUAUAACGUUUUCUUCUCGCAAAUUAUUUACGGAUAUUAAAAUCCUUAUUCAUCUUUUAUUUUCCAUUUGCGAUUCUUUUUACCAAUAUCGCACAUUAUGAAAACGACAAUAAUAGGGUAGAUUUUAUUAGAGGUAAUAGGGUUCGCAAAUUAAUAGUAUUGAGAAAUAAUAUUCGCGUGAAUCAGCAGUAUCAAAGAAGAGAGGAUGCCGUAAUAUAUAUUAUCUCGUACAAUCAGCAUUGAGAAUUUUUGUGAAACUAGGAACACAUCUUUUUUUUCCUUCCUCUCACAAUUUUAUAUAUAUAUAUAUAUAUAUAUUCUCUUUCUUCAAGAUAAUUAACAGCAUUUUUACUAUGUCUAACACUAGAAAAAAUGCAAACUGUACAUUGUACUAUAUUUUUAUUUAAUAACUAAGCCAUAGUAUCGUAUAUGUAUAUAAAUGUAUAUUUACAGAAAAGUUUUCACAAUUCUAUAACCGAAAUUUAUUGUAACAAAUUAGUCUGCUGCAUUACAAACUUGCGAUUUAAUAAAAUUUAAAUAUGAUGCGUUUGUGUGUUUCUGA